AUGACGACGCAUCAACCUCGUCCGCCAUAUUCCCAAGAGGAACUCAAGACUCUCUACCCCAGUGGUCUCGAGUUACAACUCGUCCAAGUUUUAUUGCGUCACGGAGAACGAAGCCCAGUAUCUGCUCGUUUUCAAAAUGCUGGACUCGCUCCAUUUUGGCCGUAUUGUGGUGUCGCAAAGCAGAUGCUGAGCGCAACUCAGGAUUCUGCGGAAUGGUCCCCCCUUACCUGGCGUCGACGAAUCGAAACAUUUGGAUCCGAUGAUGGUCCUACGAUUGCGACUGGGCCUCGGGGAGAAGCAGAUGCUAUUUGCAAUCUAGGAGAGUUAACGGACAAGGGACGAGAAACUACAUAUGCACUUGGGAGAAGAUUGAGGCAUCUUUAUGUGGAUCAAUUGGGGUUUAUGCCGGAAAAAAUACAAGAUGCGGACAUGAUCUAUCUUCGAGCGACACCUAUGCCCCGAGCUCUUGAGUCAUUGCAACAGACCUUUUGGGGACUAUACCCGGCUCAACAUCGAUCAGCAAACCUUCCUCCUGUUACUAUAAUCACAAGAGCACCAGCAGACGAGACCCUCUUUCCCAAUGACUCCAACUGCCGAAGGUUUGCUCAAUUGAGCCGUGCCUUUGCCCAGCGGACGUCUGAUCGUUGGAAUCACACGAGUGAAAUGGAAUAUCUGAACAAAUUGAUCAGCAAAUGGAUGCCGGAAACGAGCAAAAGAGUCGCUGUGGACUCUCAUCCAAGACUAUCGGGUAUCAUGGAUACAAUCAACUCUACUUUAGCACAUGGCCCUGAAACCAGACUACCCAAGGAGUUCUACGACGAAAAGGGUAGAGCUAUAAUCGAUAAAAUUGGCGUUGAGGAAUGGUUCAGUGGAUAUCAAGAAUCGGAAGAGUACCGAGCGUUAGGCAUUGGUGGUUUGAUGGGAGAUGUUGUCUCUCGAAUGGCAGGUAAUAUCGAAGGGGGAGGUAAUGAUGGCGCACUUGCUAUUGGUGGGAAAGACGGUUCUCUCGGAACAGGUAGAGGCGGCGAGAAGUCUAUUAAACUUGCGCUCUCUGGCUGUCAUGACACGACAUUGGCAGCCGUACUGGCGAGUCUAGGUGCUUUCGAAAACGAAAAGUGGCCGCCUUACACGUCACACAUUGCCAUCGAGAUGUUUAAAAAACAAACCUCGCAAGCUCAAACAACAGACAAAGUUCUUGCUACAACUACUCAGAAAGGCUGGUGGGCCAGCAUUUUUGGAGGGUCUGCCGCCGUUAAGGCCGACGCGGGAAUUGCUCGACGGAAGAUACACGAGCUCAAUGAGACCGAACGCGCAAGACUUGAAGACUACUAUGUUAGAGUCAGAUACAACGACAAAGUCAUGAAGCUUCCAGGAUGUAAGCCAACUGGCAAGCAUCUUGAAGGCGAUGAUUCUUUCUGUACAUUGACUGAAUUCAAGACCAUCGUUGACAAGUUCACUCCCGAGCACUGGAAGCUAGGAUGUGUCAGCAAUCUUGAUAAAUCUCCCUUCCCUGAGAAGGAUGAGCCUGCUGGUUACUAG